CCAGGCCACCCGCAGCCGCACCCGCAGCACGACCAGCAGGGCGGCCAGACACAAACGUCCUUGCUUCCGCCUCCUUCCAAAAGCGCCUUUGUUGUGUUUGCCCGCCGACGAGGAGACGGCCACGACGACUCUGCAGCGGGAGCCGGCAUGCUUCCCGCCCGACGCGCCAUGCUGCUUCGCCAGAGGCAGGAAGAGGAGCGCCAGCGCGCCAGCGAAUGCGCCCGCGAGCGCGAAGCGUGCCGGGUCAACAAUCGCUGGCUGCUGACCAGCGAGGCUCGCAACGCGGGCCACUCCGUCCGGAGGGACGUGGAUGAUGUCAUGAUGCAGCACCGCUGCGCCGUGCACCAGCGCCAACAAAGGCUGCGACAGCUUCUGGAGGACGAGGAGCGCCAGCUGGUGCUGUCGGCCCGCCUGGCGAGGGAGACGCCGUCCGAGAGACAAGCGCAGAUGCGCGAGCGAGCCAAAAGUCUGCACGACGCCAGAGAGGCGCAGCGCCGGCAAGUGGUGGCGCAAAAGCUGGACCAGCAGUUCAGGGAGCAGUGCCAGGAACUCCGCGAGGCGCAGAGUAAGCGGCGCUUUUUGCAGGUUUGCGAAGAGCGGGCCGCCCAGCUGCGCAGCCAGCGGGAGCUGGCCCUGGCCCGCCAGCGCGAAGACGACAUGUUCCAGCAGCUGUGGCGAGCCGACGCCCACGCCAAGGAGGAGCGCGAGCGCCGCGAGGCCACCCAGGCUCGGCGCUGCGACCAGAUGCAGAUGGAGUGCCUGCGCCAGCAGCUGGACGACGCCGAGAGCCUGCGGCAGAGCCGGCGCCGCGACAGGCAGGAGCAAGCGCGACAGCAGGAGGAGCAGACCCAGGCUCUGCAGCGGCAGGCGCAGCGCGAGCGCGGCCUGCGACACCAGGGCCAGGCGGCCCGCCGCCGCCUGCUGGACGACAGCUUGCGUCUCAAGAUGGAGCGCGUGGCCAAGGAGCAGCAAGACGAGCUCCAGCUGGACUUGGACAUCCUGCGCCAGACGCUCCAGGACGAGAGUCAGGCCCAGCGGGACACGGCCGACAAGCGGCCUCAGGCCGACCUGAGGGACGAGCAGCUGCGCUUUCGCCAGUAUUUGGCCGACCAGAUGGCGGCGCGCCAAAAGGACGAGGAAGAGAUGGAGCAAAUGAUGGGCGAGAAGAUGAAAGAGACGUGGGACAGACGGGAGCGGCAGAACCGCCUGCAGCAGGACGCCAGGAACCGGCUCAUGCGCGAGGUGGCCGAGUCGCACCAGCUGCAGAGCGCACAGAAACAGCAACGUGAAGUUCAACGCCGCGCCGACAUCGCCGAGGAGCGAGUGGAGGUGGACGCCGCCCUGCGGGACACCAAGCAGGCCGACGAGGAGCUGUCCAAGAGGCAGCGGCGGGCCUACGUGGCGUACCAGGCCGAGCUCCAGGCGCAGGUGGAGCAGCUCCGGCGCCAGAGGAGGGAGCGGGAGGACGAGGAGCGCAGGGAGCAGCGGCAUCUGGAGCAGAUGGAGCAGGAGAAGCUGGAGAGGAAGGACCGGGUUCUGGCCCGGCCCAACGACGGCAUCAUGCACCCCUUUCGGAAAGCGCCCGGCGCCCAGGAGCAGCGGCCCAAGGCUUUGGCGAGUCCUGGCCACUCACCCUGGCACUAAGGAAAAAGCAGCUCGAGCUCGAUCUCGCCUUUGUCCUUUGCGUGCUUUUCUCACGCUGGAUGAAAAUAGCCAACGGUCAUUAAAAUCUCUCCAUG